ACCUUUUGGAGGGAAUGUAUCGGAUUAUGUAAAAAAAAUCUUUUGUUAAUGCAGUGUUUUUUUAAGUAUAGCAUCUGUGGAAAUGGACGUGUGUGAAAAAAUGAAGCAAAGCCUAAAGUCAACUUCAUUCAGUCUUUGUUUCAAAGCAUCUGGUUGUAUAUACUAAAUUAUCUUUGCCUAUCCACUGGACAUUUCAAACAAACAAAAAUGACACUGACAACGUAGCACCUCUAUGUUUUGUGUACUUACCUCUAUUAUCUAUGGCUCGAAAAUAAAUAAAAUCAAAACAACUUGUAUUUCGAAUUUAACAACAAAACUGUGACUGUCGAUCAAGUAUGUACAAAUGUAAAUAAUUUUCUAUUAAAAAUUGUGUGACUAAAGAUGAGUUCAUCGGAUUCAGAAGACGACUGCUACGGGAAUGCAGCACAAAAGUUACAACAAAUAUUAUUAAAUAAGAAAAAGGAGCAUUUAAUAACAGACACGUUCAAUGAUAGUUUCGAUCGUUAUAAUUUGGAGAAUCCAUUAUCAAUCAGCGGAAGCCACGUUACGAACACGGAUAGGUUAAUAAAAGACCACGACUAUGUCCAAGUCGUCAAAGAAACUGUGCCAAAGAACAAUAAACGUGUUACACGAUCUAAAGGGAAUGUUGAAGCAGUAAUAGUGGAUCCAGUAGAGCCGCCAUCAAAAAGAACUCGUGCGAAGACCAAAAAGAACUCCGAAGGUACGCAGCAGAUUUCACGGACGCCCGAGACCGGCAGAGGUCGCUCAAAAAGAGCUAGGAAUAUUAGGGGUCGAAAUACCAGCAGAGGUCGUGCCAAUAGAAGCCGGAGUACUGGUAGAGGUCGGGGCAACUCUCAUCGAGAAACUGAAGAUAUACCGACUUUCAGCAUAGGCAACACAGACUACUACCCAGACACAUCUCACUCGCAAACAUUAUUCGUUACCAAACCCAAAGACGUAGUAGUUCUAGACACAGAGGACUUGGACAAUGAAGAGCUCUCCGUCAAAGUGUACUGGAAAAGCUCGGAAAUAUUUAAAUUUCAAAUAAGAAAAUACCAGAAGCUGAAACCGAUAUUCGAUCACUUCGGUAACAAAGAAAACAUAAGUAAUGAAAAACUUUAUUUUACAUAUAACGAUGUUGUAAUCAAAAUAGAUGAUUCUCCGGACAGCAUAGGUUACAACAUCAGCAGGUUUAUUGAAGGAGGUAUCGUUAAUGAGUGCGUUGAUACUUUGACUCCGAAACUGGACAAUGAUAUUGUAAAUGGCAUUAAUGUUAAGUUUCAGUGUCAGAAUGAGAAAAAACCAUUUCAGAUUACAAUCAGUAAAGAUGACACAAUGUCAUUGGCUAUGUUGAAAUGUGCAGAACACUUCGAGAAGGUUCUGGAAAAGUUGCUGUUUUAUUUUGAUGGCGAUUUAAUAUCCGGUAAAAAUACACCAAAGGACUUAGAACUAGAAGAUGGUGAUUGUAUAGAUGUAAAAAUUGUUAGAUGAUAUUAAAUAAAUUAUGACAAAAAUAGAUUA